ACAAGAGAGUAUGAAUUAAGAAAAUUGAGAUAUUCAAAGUUUAUCUCUAAAACUCUAAUGCUUAUGCCCGAUUAUCUCAAACUAACAAAGAGUUUAUUGGAGCAAAAAAAUCAAAUACUAAUUCUAGAUUUUUUGAAGACGAGGUGAAUUAUAAUAUUUAGAGUUAUCUCUGAUUAUUCUUGAGAUAGAUGAUUUCGAGCUAGUAAAAAUUGCUCAGAGCAAAUAGAGAUAAAUGUUAGGUUCGAAUUCUCUAACACGAUGAUCGAAAAGUUAGAUGUCGAUGAUUAUCAGUUUGGUGAAGAGACAUGGAUCAUCUUUCUGCAAUAUAAGAUUAAUUGAUCUUCAUAGUAGUUUCCUAUUUUUGGUUAUUUCCCAUCAUAUCAUAUAUCCAUGUGUAUGUAUGUAUGUACAUGGAUCGUAGCAGCCCCCAUGGCGCAGCCAACGCCUUCAAAUCACGAGCUGGCAUCUUUGAUCUCACGCUAUCUCUGUCUUCGCCCUCUCCCUCUAUAAAUAUCAUAUCCCACAAUCGAACCUUCAAUUUAUAACGCCCCAUGUAACAAUCUUCUUCUUCUUCUUCUUGUCUGCGUUUCUCUUUAAGAUAGAGAAUUAAUUUAGCUAUAUACAGUGUAUAAUGAGUGAUACUAACAAUGUGAACCUGCCGCCGGGGUUCCGAUUCUACCCCACCGACGAGGAGCUCAUCGUCCAUUUCCUCCACCGCAAAGCUGCCCUCUUGCCCUGCCACCCCGACGUCAUCCCCGAUCUCGACCUCUUCCCUUACGAUCCCUGGGAUUUACAUGGAAAAGCUAUGGCGGAGGGGAACAAGUGGUACUUCUUCAGCAGGAAGACUGAUCAGAAUAGAAAUACAGGUAGUGGGUACUGGAAAGCAUUGGGAACAGAUGAAGCAGUAUUCAGUAACUCUACUGGGAAGAGAGUGGGUACGAAGAAAUAUUACGUCUUCUAUGUGGGGGAAGCUCCGGCCGGCGUCCAAACCAAUUGGAUAAUGCACGAGUACAGGCUCCCGGAUUCUGCUUCCACCAGCAAGCCAUCCUCAAGACGAUCCAAUCCAAAACUGCAGGAUUACAGCAAAUGGGUUCUGUGUCGAGUGUACGAGCGCAGCAACGAGGAGGACGGCGGCGAUGGAGCGGAUCAGCUUUCAUGCUUGGACGAAGUGUUCCUGUCGAUGGAUGAUUAUGAUGAAAUCAGUUUGCCAAAUUAGUAUUCAGAUCCAGUAAUGCAGGAGAGCUAGCUAGCUAUAGCUAUGCAGGCUUCUCCCUUAUUAAUCACACACACACACACAUAUAUAUAUAUAUCUUGUCUUUAUAUAUAUAUGUGUGUGUGUGCAUAUAUAGAUUUCAACUGGUGUAUAAUAAUAUAUAUUUGUUAUAUAUGUUGUCACCAUAUUUAUAAAUAGCUAGCAAAAUGGUGGUGAAAAGUAGAGAGAGGUGGUGGAGGUGGAGCCCUGAGAGCACCAUAUUUAUAAAUAGUCUGAUGAGCAAUGCAUGCUUGGCCUCAUAUACUUUGAAAUACAAAGGAGAAAGGAAUCCUUCGGAACUUUCUCUUUUUGGGUGCAUCUUAUUGAUGGGUUCUGCUUUGGUUGUGGAAUUUCGCAGGCCAAACUGCUUGCUUGCUUGCUAGUACUGCCUCUGCCUGGCCAUGGUGCCUCUCUGCUUG